AUGGAUGUUGGUGAGUACCCCAUGGCUGCAUCUUCAUUCCAUUGGUUCAGCGUCAACUGCAACUUGGAAACCACCUUUAGAAUGAAGAGGAAUAAUUUCUCUACUCUGAAUAAAGCUGUGCCGACCCCACCAGCUGUGAAGCAGCCCAAGCGUGGGCUCUGCACGUCUCUCACCCAGACUCACGCGCUCUCUGUUCUUCUAGACUGGGGGACCUUACCUCACCAUGUGAUAUUGCACAUUUUCCGGUACCUCCCUUUAAUAGACCGCGCCCGGGCAUCGUCUGUGUGCAGGAGAUGGAAUGAAGUGUUUCAUAUCCCUGACCUUUGGAGAAAGUUUGAGUUUGAGCUGAACCAAUCAGCCACCUCCUAUUUCAAGUCCACACACCCUGAUCUCAUCCAGCAGAUCAUCAAGAAGCAUGCUGCACACCUGCAGUACGUCAGCUUUAAGGUUGAUAGCAGUACUGAGUCAGCGGAAGCGGCCUGUGAUAUUCUGUCUCAGUUGGUAAACUGUUCUAUCCAGACCUUGGGGCUGAUUUCAACAGCCAAGCCAAGUUUUAUGAACGUGCCAAAGUCUCAUUUUGUGUCAGCACUUACAGUUGUGUUUGUCAACUCAAAAUCAUUAUCAUCAAUUAAAAUUGAAGAUACACCAGUGGACGAUCCCUCACUGAAGAUUCUUGUGGCCAACAAUAGUGACACUCUUCGACUCCUAAAAAUGAGUAGCUGUCCUCAUGUUUCAUCUGAUGGAAUCCUCUGUGUGGCAGACCACUGUCAGGGCCUCAGGGAACUGGCAUUAAAUUACUACAUUCUGAGUGACGAGCUUCUCCUUGCACUGUCAAGUGAGACUCAUGUGAACCUCGAACAUCUUCGAAUAGAUGUUGUAAGUGAGAACCCUGGACAGAUCAAGUUUCACUCCAUCAAAAAGCACAGCUGGGACGCGCUGAUUAAACACUCCCCCGGAGUUAACGUUGUCAUGUAUUUCUUUCUGUAUGAGGAAGAGUUUGAGACAUUCUUCAAAGAAGAAACCCCUGUCACUCACCUUUACUUUGGGCGUUCAGUAAGCAGAACCAUUCUAGGCCGCAUAGGCCUCAACUGCCCUCGCCUGAUUGAGCUAGUGGUGUGUGCAAAUGGCCUUCAGCCCCUGGACAGUGAACUUAUUCGCAUUGCUCAACACUGUAAAAACCUGACAGCCUUGGGCCUGAGCGAGUGUGAGGUCAGCUGCAGUGCGUUCAUUGAGUUUGUAAGACUCUGUGGCAGAAGGCUCACCCAGCUGUCUGUCAUGGAGGAGGUUUUGGUCCCUGAUGACAAUUGCACCCCAGACGAAGUUCACACUGAAGUCUCUAAGUACCUGGGAAGAGUGUGGUUCCCGGAUGUGAUGCCUGUCUGGUAA